AUGGCUUCAACUGCCGGAGCUGUGCCAGCGACCGACGCUGAUAGUGUCCCCGCAGGUCCACGGGGCGACGCCCACAGAAGCAGAGGCAGGGGCCGUGGAGGACGAGGACGCGGCCGAGGGGACCACUCGCGUGGCAGAGGGGGGAGGAGCAGAGGCGGCGCACAUCAACAAGGCACACAAAGCUCGACUGUCGAACCUGCAGCCGAAGGGCCGAAAGCGGGCAAGCCGCAAAGUUUCAAGAACAAAACCGAGACCCAAGACGAAGGCACCGAUGGCGACGCUGAGGUCUGCUUCAUUUGCGCGAACCCCAUCAGCCACCACUCGAUCGCGCCGUGCAAUCACAUCACAUGCCAUAUCUGCGCGCUACGCCUGAGGGCGCUCUAUAAGAACAAGGACUGUCCGCAUUGCCGGACACCGGCGCCCUUCGUCAUCUUCACUGAUGAUGCAGAAAAGCGUUUCGAGGACUAUGCAAACACAGAUAUUACUAGCACUGAUGAGAAUAUUGGUAUCAAGUACGCAGGGGAGGAUAUUGUAGGCGACACGGUCCUUCUGCUCAGGUACAAUUGCCCUGACCCUGAGUGCGACUUUGCCGGCCUCGGUUGGCCGGAUCUGCAUCGACAUGUCCGCUCCGUCCACGGCAAGAAGAUGUGCGAUCUGUGCACUCGGCACAAGAAGGUCUUUACCCACGAACACGACAUGUUUGCCGACAAGGAGUUGACCGAACACAUGCGGCACGGCGACGACAAGCCGGGUGCAGUCGAUCAGACAGGGUUUAGGGGGCACCCGCUUUGCGCUUUCUGCGGCGCGCGUUUCUACGAUAGCGACAAGCUGUACGAGCACUGCAGGAAUAAGCAUGAGCGGUGCUUUAUCUGUGACCGGAGAGAUUCGAGACAGCCACAUUACUACUUGGACUACAAUGCGCUCGAGGAGCACUUCAGGAGAGACCAUUUCCUCUGCCAGGAUAGGGAAUGCUUGGAGAAGAAGUUUGUGGUGUUUGAAUCCGAAAUGGAUCUCAAGGCUCAUCAGCUCAGUGAGCACGGGAGCUCGUUGGCCAAGGGAAGGGAUGCGCGGAUGGUGGAUCUCUCAAACUUUGAGUUGCGGCAAAGCUAUCAGCAGGAGAGGAGGGCGGGUGGUAACGCGAGGGAACAGCAGCGAAGGCGCGGCCCAGAUCCGAACGCUGAAACGCUUCCAGUCAGCUCUGCACAGCCCUUGAGGAGGGACGAGCUCGCUUUCCAGCGACAGAUGGCGAUACAGUCGGCCGCAAAUAGGCCGUCCCCACAGGGCCCCUCCAGGCCGUCAGCGGGUCCCGCAUCCCACCAGCCCAGCGCGCCGGUCAGACAAUCGCUCAUUGAUACCAUGGACAACCUUAGCAUCACCGACCUCUCCUCCCUCACCCCGGAACAACGCGCUAGCCUAACGCGUCACGGCGCCGUCAUCGAGCGCGCGAGCAACCUCCUCGGCAACGAUGCGACAAAAUUGUCCACCUUCCGCUCACACAUCUCUACCUUCAACCGGGGCUCCAUGACCCCGGAGCAGCUUAUCGACGCCUUCUUCGCCCUAUUCACCGAGACAUCCUCAAACGCGUUAGGGACCCUCGUGCGCGAAGUCGCCGACCUCUUUGAGGACAAGAAGAAGGGCGAGGCGCUCCGCAGGGCCUGGCAGAACUGGCGCGCCAUCAACGAAGACUACCCCUCGCUCCCCGGGCUGGGCGGCAUGCACGGCGCGACAACUUCCACGAGCGGCUGGGCCGCCGCCGUCUCCGCCAACCCCCCUGGUGUCGCUGCCAGUAGCCAGCAGCAGGCCGCGGCAGCCGCCCAGCAGCUGCGGCAUUCCAACCGCGUGCUGAAACUCAAGAACAGCACUCUCCGCAGAUCCAGCCUCGGCGGCGGCCAGCCAUCCGUUAUGUCCGAGGCCGCGGGUCGUUCCAGCCCCGCCGCCUACAACCCUUCCUUCGCCCGAGGAGCGGGUAGUGUUCCCGCCUCGUCAUCAUCCAUCGCGUUUCCCGCCCUGCCUGGCGGCGGUAGUUCCUCGGCGGCUCCCCGGCCGUCAUCAACAACCCAGCCGAGUUGGGUCGGCGCCAGCACUGGUUCCAGUGGCGGCGGCAGGGGCGCAAGCGCAAGCACAAGCACGGCGAGCAGCGCGAAGAAACCCGGCCAAAGGGGGGGGUUGUCCGCAUCAUCCGAGGACGCGUUCCCCGCGCUGCCGGUCGCGCCCAAGCCGCAGACGACCAUCUUCGGCUACGGGCGCGGCGCGGUGCGGCGGGAUCUGGGCGGACCCCGGCGGGACACCGGGUUUGCCUGGGGCGGCGGCGGUGGCGCUUCCUCCUCUGGGGAUGCAGCUGCUGGCGGGGAUAGUGCGGGCGGGGAGGAGCAGACGGGGGAUAAGGCGGGCAAGAAGAAGAAUAAGAAGCAGGUUCUGGUACAUUGGGGAUGA